ACAAGAAAUUCCCAUGAAAAUAAAGACCUCACUAUGGAUUCCUCUGAUCAUCAUAUUGAUGGUAACAAAUAUUUUGGUGAAUAAAGCUCAAAUACCCACAACUCUAGAAGGCCCAUUCAAGCCUGUCACUCGGCGUUUUGAUCCAUCCCUUCGGAGAGGCAGUGAUGACUUGCCCAUGGAUCAUCCUAGACUCAAGAAAAAUGUGACCUCAAAUUUCCCAGAACAGAUUGCUCUUGCUAUAUCUUCACCAACUUCAAUGUGGGUCUCUUGGGUUACUGGGGAUGCGCAGAUUGGUUUGAAUGUGACACCUCUUGAUCCUAAAACGGUUGCUAGUGAAGUGUGGUAUGGGAAAAAGAGUGGCAAGUAUACUAAUGUGCAGAGAGGGAUUUCCACUGUUUAUAGCCAACUUUAUCCCUUCAAAGGACUCUUGAAUUACACCUCUGGCAUCAUUCACCAUGUGAAACUUGAUGGUCUUGAACCUGGAACCAAAUACUUCUACAAGUGUGGGGAUAGCUCUUUUCAAGCUUUGAGCAAAGUGCAUUCAUUUGAAUCUUCACCAAAGCCUAGCCCAUAUGCAUAUCCUCAUCGUAUAGCCGUUGUUGGAGAUUUGGGUCUCACCAGCAAUACCACCACAACCAUUGAUCAUCUGACUCAAAACAAUCCUUCAAUGAUUUUAAUGGUUGGGGACUUAAGCUAUGCGAAUCAGUACCGUACAACCGGCGGGAAAGGAGCCCCGUGCUUCUCAUGUGCGUUCCCAGAUGCACCUAUUCGAGAGACAUACCAACCUCGUUGGGAUGGCUGGGGAAGGUUCAUGGAACCUUUAACAUCGAGAGUUCCUAUGAUGGUUAUUGAAGGCAAUCAUGAGAUUGAACCUCAAGUUGCUGGAAUCACUUUCCAGUCCUAUCUGAAAAGAUUCGCAGUUCCCUCAGAGGAGUGUGGGUCUAAAAGUAACUUGUACUACUCUUUUGAUGCUGGAGGAGUACAUUUUAUCAUGUUAGGAGCAUAUGUUGACUACAAUGCCACUGGCGCUCAGUAUGCUUGGCUAAGGAAAGAUCUAGCUCGAGUGGACCAUGCCGUCACCCCAUGGCUGGUAGCUGCAUGGCACUCACCUUGGUACAAUAGUUAUGCUUCUCACUAUCAGGAAUUUGAAUGUAUGAGGCAGGAAAUGGAAGCACUUCUAUACCAAUACAAUGUAGAUGUUGUUUUUUCUGGUCAUGUAAGUUGA